GAAGAACAUUUACCCUGGUUGGCUAGUUAGCAAUUGAGCUAAAAGAGUUCCUGUUUUAACACUUAUCUACGUUAACUUUUUAUGUUAUAGAAGCAUGGAAAUUGGGACUGAAAUCAGCAAGAAAAUUAGAGCUGCUAUCAAAAGCAAACUUCAAGAGCUCGGUGCAUACAUUGAUGAAGAGCUUCCUGACUACAUCAUGGUGAUGGUGGCGAACAAGAAAACCUCCCUGCAGAUGUCUGAGGAUCUCUCUCUCUUCCUUGGAAACAACACCGUUAAGUUUACAACAUGGCUACAUGGCGUUCUGGAGCAAUUGAGAUCUGUUGCUGAGAAGCCUGCAUCUCUUAGGCAGCUGGAGUCUGACACUGUUACUGUGACUGGACAAAGUCACUUAUCCAUAGUUGAAAAUGACACAGCAGAGGAGCUGAAGGUGCUGACAGUGUCCAGCUCCCGUUCUGAAAAGACUGAAGCCCCUGUGUCCAGUUCUGCUCAUGAAAGCAGGAAAGGGGCUUUUGGAAAGGGCUCUUCUCAACUUACUUUAUCUAUUAGACCACUUAUGGAUCCCCUCCCCUCAGAGGCUGUUAUUGACAUUAAACCAGAGAUGGAUGAUGACCUCAUUGCUGAGGAGCCUGUUGAAACAGAAAGCAACAAUCGUACACAUCGCAGAGCCACUAGGCCCACAGCUGAAAUCUACAGACCUGGUCAGAGCAAGUUUACAUCAUUAGAAAUGUUUCGACCCUCAGAAGGAUCUUCUAGUGUAAGGCAGCAGGAUGGGAGAAGCAGCAGAGUGUCCAGACUUGGAAAUAGCAAGCAGGAAGAAAUGUCACGGAAGCGAAAGGCGCCAGUAGCGAGCUCUGUUGUUCGAGUGAACCAAGCUGCAGAUGAGGACAGCGACGAUGCAGAAGAGGAGGAGACGAGUUAUGGCGCCAAAGGCCUGUCCAGUAGAGUGUCGCUCCCAUCCAAACCAGAACGAAAACCUACUCUCCCACCAGCCAAGCAAGCCAACAGAAACCUGAUCCUGAAGGCCAUCUCUGAGGCACAGGACUCAAUCACCAAAACUACUACCUACGCAACAAUGCCUCAGAGACAGACAGUUCCUGUGGCCCCUCGCACUCGCUUGGCCAGCAGUGAAGAGAUGACUGCAGCCAUCCAACUAGUUCAGGAGCACCUGCACAACCUGGCCCCUCGGGUGCAGACGUACCCCACUGCAGAACUACCUGCCUCCAGAACAACACCUCCAACCAGAUCGUUAGCUUCACGCCUUCAGUUAGAGAGCAGCGAUAGAAGAGAGCAGAGCGAGUAUGAUGUUGAAGCAGCUGCUGGGGGUGAGCCAAAGCCAUUUGAUACGCGCUCCUUCAUAAUGAGUCGACCCGUAAUCGAAGACACUUCUGUCAGAAAUCCACAGCAGGUCCAGUCUGCAUUGCUUCGCACUGUCCAGGCCAGGGAGGGAGUUGACUCCUCAUCCAGCCCAAAGUUCAUAGUGACCUUAGAUGGAGUACCAAGCCCACUGGGUAACCUUACAGAUGGAGACAUGGAGCUGGAUGAUGUGAGACCACACACAAAGGUCACAGAGGCUGCUGGGAAUGUCCACAGAGAGUCUAAAGUCAGCGUCCUGCACAGAUUACAGCCAAUGCCAGCAUCAUCAGAAGAUGAAGGGAUGGUUGUUGAGAUGGAAGAGGAGGACGCUGUUCUCAUCAAGAAACAGAAGGUUAUGGAGCGCUGCAAGUUCUGGCCAGUGUGUAAAAGUGGAGAUGAGUGUCUGUACCAUCACCCAACAACCCAGUGCAAGACUUUUCCCAAUUGUAUGUUUGGGGAUAAAUGCCUGUUUGUGCACCCUAACUGUAAAUAUGAUGCUCGGUGUACAAAACCAGACUGUCCCUUUACUCACGUCAGCCGUAGAGGCAGCGCCGCUCCUCCACUCAGACCAGCAGUGCAGCCAGCGCAGACUACAAGUGUAUGUCGCUUCUUCCCAGAUUGCAAGAAGAUGGACUGUUCAUUUUAUCACCCAAAGCCUUGCCGCUUUGCAACACAGUGCAAACGAGCCGGUUGCACCUUCUACCAUCCAACUACAGCCGUGCCUCCCCGACACGCCCUGAAGUGGACAAAAGCACAGAGCAGCUAACUGAGUCGUGACAGUCUGACUGAAGUCUGGUGAACACGUGAAGCUGUUGGAGACGUUCUUAAUCUGUGUUGUUGGAAUACUGUCAGUAAACACAACUUUAUAAUUUCCUUUAAUGUACUAUCU